AACGAAGGGAAGGAGAGCACAGCAGAAGCAGAAGAAGAGCAGUUCACUCUCACUGUUCAUCUCUCAGAUUUCUCGAUUCCGAGAGAACGGAGAUACAGAGAGAGAGAGAGAGAGAGAGAGAUGGAGAAGAUCUGUGUAGCAGUGAGGGUGCGGCCGUUUGUCUCGGAGGAAUCCAUCAACGGAGCCUUCUGGAAAGUGGAAGACAAUCGCAUUUCUCUUCACAGGAUCGGCGGGACCCCCGUUUCCAGCCUCUCUUACGCCUUCGAUCACGUCUUCGACGAGAGCUGCACGAAUGCCGCAAUCUACAGUCUUCUCACGAGGGACGUCAUUCAUGCGGCAGUUGAGGGUUUUAAUGGAACUGCAUUUGCAUAUGGCCAAACCAGCAGUGGGAAGACUUUCACUAUGAACGGCUCUGACGCUGACCCUGGGAUUAUUCAUCUCGCCGUGAGGGAUGUCUUUGAUAAAAUUCAAAAGACGUCAGAUCGGGAGUUCCUAAUUCGGAUCUCUUACAUGGAGAUAUACAACGAAGAAAUCAAUGACCUUUUUGCCGUGGAAAGUCAGAAACUGCAAAUACAUGAAAGUUUAGAGCGAGGCAUAUAUGUUGCAGGGCUCAAGGAAGAAAUUGUCAAUGAUGCCGAUGAAGUGCUUAAGCUCAUAGAAUCUGGGGAAGUUAAUAGGCAUUUUGGUGAGACAAACAUGAAUGCUCGGAGCAGCAGAUCCCACACGAUUUUCAGAAUGGUAAUUGAAAGCAGAGAAAAGGAUACCAAUAUGUGCAAGGACAGAUCAACUUCAGAUGCUAUACGAGUCUCAGUCUUGAAUUUGGUCGAUUUAGCUGGUUCUGAACGUAUAGCCAAAACUGGAGCUGAUGGAGUGCGUCUGAAAGAAGGCAAGCACAUCAACAAGAGUUUAAUGGUUCUCGGCAAUGUGAUUAACAAACUAAGUGAAGGUGUAAAGCAAAGGGGCCAUAUUCCUUAUCGUGAUAGUAAGCUCACCCGCAUUCUUCAACCUGCUCUUGGCGGUAAUGCUAAAACUUCAAUUAUUUGCACUGUAGCACCAGAAGAGGUUCAUAUAGAAGAAACAAAAGGAACUCUCCAGUUUGCUAGCAGAGCUAAGCGUGUAACAAACUGUGCUCAAGUGAAUGAGGUAUUAACAGAUGCAGCUUUGUUGAAGCGGCAAAAGCUGGAGAUAGAAGAGCUCCGACAGAAACUUCAGGGAUCUCAUGCUGAGGUGUUGGAGAAAGAAAUUCUAAAGCUUCGGAAUGAAAUGCUUAAGUAUGAACUGGAGCGUGAAAAACUUGCAAUGGAACUGGAAGAAGAGAGGAGGUCACAGAAAGAAUGUCAAAGAUGCAUCAAGGAACAACAGAUUAAGAUUGACAAUCUCAGUAGCCUUGUCAGUUUUUCAGAUUGUGAUAAGAGCUCCAGCCAGUUGCAGGCAUAUUCAAAAGAGAGUUGUCUGGUGAACUUCAGUGACAGCAAAAGCAUUAACAAAGAUGAUGCUUUUGGAACACCCAGUUUUAAGGGAGCUCCAAAUAGCUUUGUUGUCAAGAGAUCAAAUUAUUCAGGGCUUUCAGAUCAUAGCCCGCUUCCAGAUAAUUUAAGCACUGUGGCUGAUGAAGAAACGUGGUUCAUGAUGAACAAAGGUUACAUGGUGGACCUUGAUUCAAUUCAAAUGACUCCUGCAAGAAAAGUUCAAUCCUUUCCUCCAAGCAGUUCCACUCCAGGUGGCGGAAAUGAAAGUUACAGUGAAGAGCUGCAGGAUGUCAAGAAGAAAUUGGAGCUAGCUAUUGAAGAGAGGGAAGAGCUUGAGAGGAAGAAUAAAGAACAAGAAUUAUUGAACAACCAACUGAUGAAUGAGCUAUCAAAAUUGCAACAAGAUGCUAAGUUGAGCAGAGAGAUUCCUCAGAGACUUUCUCAGUCCGUGUCAAAUUGCAAAGACGUAUACACAGAAGUUAUCUCAAACAUCCUGAGAGUUCCUUCUGAUGGGAAAUCCUCACCUAGCAAGCUACACAGUGGAAUAAGUGAGAUUGGCAGCAUUCUUCUCACCACACUGGAAAGCCAUUUGAAAACAUUAAUGAGAGACAAGAAUUUCUACUCUAAGGAGGAUUCUCUUCUUCAAGAGCAUUGUGAAUCCCUGCGUGAGAGAUUAUCUGAUGCAGUUGCACUGCUGGCAUCAAACUCGCAAUCCGCGGAAAAUGAACAGGCAUGCCUGCUAAGCUGCUGCGAAAACAAGGAUUGUGCUCUGGGAGGAGAAUUGGCUGCUUGUCAGGGAAACUUGAUUUCCGGGUUCGAUGCGAUCAAGGAAAAGUUCCAUGGCCUUCAGAGAGAACUAGAUGAAAGCAAUCGGCUUCUCAAAGACUCGAAAGUAAAAUAUCAUGGAUUGGAAACUGAGUUCCUGGCCAUGAAAGAUGAAAGGGAUUCAUUGCUCCGAGCAGUCUCGGAAUCUACCCAGAAGGCUUCACUGGCUACUGAACAGAAAGAGAAGGCCCUGAAGGAUUUGUUCACCGAAGUACAGAGACGGAAGUAUCUCGAAGAAAAUAUUAAGGAGUUUAGCACCGCUUUUGUUGGUAGGCAGAAAUUUCUGCACUCCUUCCAUGGCGAGUUAAAGUCGAAGCUGGAGAGGUUGGAGGCAGAAAAUAAAGCAUCAGUGCCCAAAUCUCUUGGGCAUUAGUAAUGUCUCGUCUUCUAAUGUGUUGAUGACGGUACUGUAAAAUGUAGAAGUCCCUUAUGUAUUUGAACUCGGAUGCUUUUUCAAGGUUUCAGAAACUGAAGAAGUUCCUGUUGUGUUCCUCAUCA